AAUACCCCCAUGUUGUUUUCUUUGUAGAUUUGGAUACUUUAUUAAUUGAUUCUCUCUAUGUUUCUUUGUCGCUUUCCCUUCGCAUUCCUUGUCACGUAAUUAAAAAAUCAACUUUGGAAAAUUCGGGGAGAUCUUUGAAAUAUGGGUGAAAUCUGGCCAGAUCGUGCUUUAUGGGUUGUGGAUUUUGGUGACUCUUCACUUCAAUACAAAACUACAUCGUCUCCUCUAUCUCCCUCCUCAUAGAAACCUCAAACCAAAGCAAGUUCUAUAGAAGAAAGCAGGGAAAAGAAAUCCACAAGGAUUCCACUUUUUUUUCCUGUAAUUUCCCCACUGCUUCUCUUAGUUUCUGUUGAGAUUUCGAGAUUACCGAACCGAGCCAGAGCGUGUCCCCCGAUCAAUUGGGGUCGGCUAGAUUUUGAGAUUGAAUUGGGAAUUGGAGAAAUGGGUUUGGCCAUAGAGUCACGGUUCCAUGUCUUGGCUGUUGAUGAUAGCAUCAUAGACAGAAAACUUAUCGAGAGGCUCCUCAAGACCUCAUCGUAUCAAGUAACUACAGUGGAUUCUGGCACCAAGGCUUUAGAAUUUCUGGGUUUGGAUGGAGAUGAUCUGAGGAACCCAAAUCAACCUUCUGUUUGCCCAAACAUCCAGCAGGAAAUGGAGGUGAAUCUGAUUAUUACAGAUUACUGUAUGCCUGGGAUGACAGGCUAUGAUUUGCUCAAGAAAAUUAAGGAAUCGACAUCUCUGAGAAAUAUACCAGUGGUUAUAAUGUCAUCUGAGAAUGUUCCUUCAAGAAUAAGCAGAUGCUUAGAAGAAGGAGCGGAAGAAUUUUUUCUCAAACCAGUGAGAUUAGCAGAUGUUAAUAAGCUUAAACCCCAUUUGAUGAAAACCAAACAUAAGAAUCAGCAAAAGCAAGAAAAUCAAGAAGCAACAGAAGCACCAGAGGUUCAGCAACAAUCCUACAAUAACAAAAGAAAGGUUAGGGAAGAUGGGCUCUCGCAAGAUAGAACGAGGCCCAGAUACACUGGGCUCACUGUGGUCUGAGUCGCCUGACUAAUCCUGGCAAGUUUAUUUUUUAUUUUAAUUUUGUUUCCUUUUUCUUUUUUUGGCCCUUAAAUUUGAAAGGCGAAAUUCUCGUAGCCCUCUUCGUUUUCUUUUCAGUUAAAUGUUUUCUUGUGGUAGUUGUGUUUUGUAAAACAAGAUCAAGAAGAAUGUACAGAGCAAAAAUGGGAUCCAGUCAUUGUGAUGUGAUUGUACACAUUAUACAUAGUGAAAUUGAAUUCCAUUUGGUUUCCUAAA